AUGAAAGGCCGAUUUCUCCAUGUGGGGAGAUCCCUCAUUGCUCUCGGGAUGAUCUGCAUCUUCCUGGGGAUCAUCAGCUUUUUCCCGGUCUUUUCCUACAAGCCCUGGUUUGCAGGCUGGAGUGCGCAUAUUGCCUGUCCCAUCUGGAAUGGAGCCCUGGCUUUCAUCGUGGGAGUGCUGGUGGUGUUGGCUGAGAGAGACUACAGCUCACGAUCUCUGCCUGGAGCUGGCCUGACUUUUGCCCUGAUGACCCUGGUGACCUCAGCGGUCCAAUGCGGCGUGGCACUGGCAGCACUGCUGAUUGGCCCGUUCUGCUACUUCUCCUACGGGGGCGUGACCGGACUGGGCUACCUGGGCUACACCAUCCGCUUCCCCUACAGAUACAGCCUGACCCCCGUCUGCCUGGACCCUCCGCUCCAUGAGUUUUACCACCUGGGCCUCCACACCCUCAGCUCCCUCCUGGGCCUGGCCAUCUUCUCCCUCGUCCUGGCCCUCUGCCUCAGGCUCGCCAUCCGCUUCCACGCGACAGGGACUCUCAGCGUACGUAUACCCCCUCCCGAAUGCCGGCUACCCCCAGCGGGCAGACGGAUCAGUGUCCUGCAGAUUGGAUCGGUAAUUCCCAAGUCUCCAGGGAGUCCCGGAGAGCUGGCAUUUCCCUGCUUAAAGCCUCCAUCUGACUGCUGA